CAUUAACUUUGAGAAUGACAAAAUAUUGUCUUUUUUUUUUUUUUUUUUUACUUAUUUUUAUUUAUUUUUCAAGUUCAGUUUUAGGGGACAGUUGUUGAAUGUCCCGCUGGUGGCACAGGGGCAGGAUUUUUGAAGUGGCGCCUAUUGAGGCUCAUGUGGCUGGUGAGAGGCACACUGAUCCCGCGGUGAGUCUGAGCUGAUGCGAUCAGGACAGGACUGGCUCUGGAAACUGGAGUCACUGGACACGAUCAGUAGAGAUGAUUCAUGCACAGUGCUGUGCUAACUAAGGUUCAAGACUGUUUCAUCCACACUUUAUGAAGAUUGUAUUGCCUGUUUAAUUACAGUAUUAUCCACUGCCUGCUUGACACACACACACACACACACACACACACACACACACACACACACACACACACACACACACACACCUCCAGUGUGUUCCUGCUGUAGUGCCUCCCUCACUCUGCCUCUCUGUUUCAGGGUGACAACCCUGCUGGACAGCCUGUUACCAGUGUGUGGCUGUGUGCUGCCUCCAGUGUGUUCCUGCUGUAGUGCCUCCCUCACUCUGCCUCUCUGUUUCAGGGUGACAACCCCGAGGAGUGUCCAGUGUGCCUGACAGGCUUUGAUGACUUAGUACAGCGGCCACGCACUCUGCCCUGUGGCCACAGUCUGCACACUGUGCACAGAUAAGCUGAAGGAGCAGGGCCGUGUUACCUGUCCGGAGUGCCGCGUCAGACAUGCCGUGCCCGAGGGCGGGCAGUUCCCUGUCAGCUAUACAAUUGAGGCCUUCAUAAGAAGGCUGAGAGAUGGCAAGGCGGCGGCAGCCUCGCCGCCACCUAGUGCCGGGAAGGGGAAAGGGGCAGCAGGAUCAGCUGGCAAGAAGGGAGCAGCGGGUCUCUCCAAGAAAAUGCGUUCCUUUCUGCAGGAACAGGAGGCCACAGUUGUGGCCGCCAUCACCGCCUGCCAGGAGGCUCAGUCCCAGCUGGACCAGUAUGAGGCCACCCUGACAGGCUGGGGCGAGCGGCAGCAGCAGCUGGAGGACAGCCUCCAGGGACUGAUGGACCAGAGCAGGAGUUCCAGGGAGCUCCUGCAGCAUGAAAAGUUCCGUGUGGCACCGAAGAGGAAGGAGACAAAGAAGAAGGAGCAGGAGCUGCAGGCUGUGCGGGAGAAGUUGCGCACUCCUGCAACAGAGCAAGAGGCACUCAGGGUUGUGGGAACAGUGUUUCACCUCACCAGUGAGGUGGAGCAGGUGUUGGAGGAGUGCCAGCAGUGUUUCCCUGACGCCGGCAUCCUCAACACCGCCUGGAAGGUGAGAGAGGCAUCUAGUGCAGCCCUGGAGGCCGCCAAGGCUGUCCAGGCUGCUUGGGAAACUGUUUCUACAGAAGAACCCAGGCGCCAGUCAGUCCCAGAAGAACCCAGGCCCCAGUCAGUCCCAGAAGAACCCAGUUCCCAGUCAGACCCAGAAGAACCCAGGCCCCAGUCACACCCAGAAGAGCCCAGUUCCCAGUCAGACCCAGAAGAACCCAGGCCCCAGUCAGACCCAGACCUCACCAUCAUGGAAAAAGUGCAGUUCAUCUUAGAGCCAAGCUUGAAGGCCGAGGACUUCCGCAGUCUGACACAGCGCACCAGGAGCCUGCUGCAGGCUGGCCGGGUGUUUGCUGUGCACCAGGUGGGAGGUCAGCGCCGACGACACGCAAGAAUAAGCCUCGAAGCCGGCCAGCCGUGCCUCCAUGCCUUGACGGACCAUCCCCCGCCACUGGGCGCGUCAACCCUGCAGGUCAGCCAGGUCGUGCCGCCCUCCCCCCCCUGCACGGUGUUCCUGGACCUGUCCUGGCCGGACCGUGCGCUGCGCCGGGUCCACAUCCGUCUGAGCCCCGACACCCCGCGGGGCCGCCAGUUCCUGGUGAUGUGCACGGGGCAGCGCGGCCCCUCCUACCGCGGCACCAGCUUGUUCGGGGUGUGGCGCAUGGGGAGGCCGGGAGAGUGUGUGUAUGGCGGGGACUACGAGAGUAAUGAUGGUGAGGGGGAAUGUGUGCUGCUGCCUGGCCUUGAGGAGGGUGAGGAGAGGAGGCCAUGGAGGGCAGGGGAUGUUUGGGGGUGUGGGAGGCAGGGUGUGUUUGUCAUCACCACCAGGGACAAUAAGGGUGGUGUGUUGCAUUGUUGUGUCUUCGGUGAGGUGGUGGAGGGACUGCACGUGGUGGCCGAGGCAGCCCAACACAGCGACAUUAAGGAGGUGACUGUGGUGGACUGUGGCGUGGUGCUGUAAGGGUAUACUGGCAUGCACCACCACCACCACAACAACAUUAUGGAGGUGACUGUGGUGGACUGUGGUGUGGUGCUGUAAGGGUAUACUGGCAUGCACCACCACCACCACCACAACAACAUUAUGGAGGUGACUGUGGUGGACUGUGGUGUGGUGCUGUAAGGGUAUACUGGCAUGCACCACCACCACCACCACCACAACAUUAUGGAGGUGACUGUGGUGGACUGUGGCGUGGUGCUGUAAGGAUAUACUGGCCUGCACCACCACCACCACCACCACAACAUUAUAGAGGAAAUUGUGGUGGACUGUGGCGUGGUGCUGUAAGGAUAUACUGGCCUGCACCACCACCACCACCACCACAACAUUAUAGAGGAAAUUGUGGUGGACUGUGGCGUGGUGCUGUAAGGAUAUACUGGCCUGCACCACCACCACCACCUCCACAACAUUAUAGAGGAAAUUGUGGUGGACUGUGUGUGGUGUUGAGGGUACUGGCCUGCACCACCACCACCAUCUCCACAACAUUAUAGAGGAAAUUGGGGUGGACUGUGUGUGGUGUUGAGGGUACUGGCCUGCACCACCACCACCACCUCCACAA